AACCACCCCCACUUCCACGGCCAAUUCGUCGCCACCGUGGCACUCAGCAACGCCACCAAUCUCAACUACGCCACCCACGUCCUCCACCACCACACCGACCACCCCACCCUCUUCGCCCUCAACUCCAUCAUCAGAGCCUUCUCCAAGAGCCCCACACCCUUCAAAAGCUUCCACUUUUACACCCACAUUCUCCACAACCUCUCCCCAGACAACUACACCUUCACCUUCCUCCUCCGCACGUGCGCACAUCUUCACGCACACGUCACAGGUUUGACUGUUCACGGAGCUCUCGUAAAGUACGGGUUUGAGCGCGACCCGCACGUGCAAACCGGGUUGGUUUUCAUGUAUGCGGAAUUGGGUUGUCUCAGUUCGUGCUGUAGUGUGUUUGAUGGGGUUGUCGAGCCGGACUUGGUUUCUCGAACCGCCAUGUUUCAUGCUUGUGCCAAGUGUGGUGAUGUUGACUUGGCACGUAAGAUGUUUGAUGAAAUGCCUCUCAGAGAUCACGUUGCGUGGAAUGCGAUGAUUGCGGGGUACGCGCAGUGUGGGAGGUCGAGGGAGGCUUUGGAAAUGUUCCAAUUGAUGCAGAUGGAGGGUGUGAAACUUAAUGAGGUGUCCAUGGUUUUGGUUUUGUCUGCUUGCACUCACAUGGGUGCGUUGGAUCAUGGAAGAUGGGUUCAUGCGUAUGUGGAGAGGUACAAGGUUAGGAUGACGGUGACACUGGGCACUGCGCUCGUUGACAUGUAUGCGAAAUGUGGGAACAUUCAUAGGGCGAUGGAAGUUUUUUGGGGGAUGGAGGAAAGGAAUGUUUACACUUGGAGUAGUGCCAUUGGUGGGUUGGCCAUGAAUGGUCUUGGUGAGGAGAGUGUAAAUCUUUUUCAUGCUAUGAAACAAGAGGGAGUUGAACCAAAUGGAGUCACCUUCAUUUCUGUCUUGAAAGGGUGUAGUGUGGUUGGGUUGGUGGAGGAAGGCCAAAAGCAUUUUGACUCAAUGAGGAAUGAUUAUGGGAUUGACCCUAAACUUGAGCAUUAUGGCUUGAUGGUUGAUAUGUAUGGGAGAGCUGGGCGACUUGAGGAAGCUUUAGACUUCAUCAAUGGCAUGCCUAUGAAGCCUCAUGUUGGUGCAU